CUGUGGUGUAUCGUUACCUCCACAGAAUUAGAAAUGGGUUCUUUUGUUCAGAUUUGAGUUCCCUUCAGUGAACAAGAUCAAGAACUCUUCUUACAGCGGACUACCUGAUCAGACCCAGACGCUCCUGUCAAUUACCAGUCCAUCGUUCGAAACAGGAUCCAGAAAAGAUCACGCAAGACGAUCGGAAGUUCCAGUUCCUUUAGUCUGGACAGCUCCCCGUUCACGUUUGUGGAAGGAUCAACGGGCGAACGGAUAUGGACCGUUCUGACAUGCCAGAUCGCGCCUGCUCUGAAACUGCAGAUCUUGUCUCGACACUUUUUCAAGAUGGAUCCGCGCAGGAAAUGGCAAUGGGUUCUGGAAACACAAAACUAGCAUCGAUAGCGCGCCUCGCUAAGCUAUCUCUCUUCAAAAAACGAGGGCUUCUUUUUUUGAUCAUUUACAGGGGCUGUUUCAUUCUCCAUCUAUAGCAUUGUAUUAUCUUCAUCUACUAGUACUGACGACGUACUACACCUUUAUUCCAACUCAACAAGUUUCAAAAGUAACAAGUUUCAGCUCUGUAGCAUCGUGGUUUCACAAAGUUCUAUGAUUUUUUUCGAUAGCCCGUCUGAAUACGAUGUGUAGUCGUGUAUUUUUCAUGGUCAGAACGGCAGCGAGACUCUACCUCAAAUAAAAAUGAGUAAACAGAAGCAGCACUCGCCGCGAGUCGAUAUUUCCCCCAGCACUGUUGGGACCUCGACAUCGAGCGCUUCUUCGUGUCCACGGGCGUUGAAGAUCAUCUACAAUGGGCGCGAUGGAAACAACUGGCAGGAUCUCCCAAGCUCAGUGAUCGGUAACCCGCGACACUAUGCCUUGGUGUCCGAAGGGAGCGGGCAGUACCAGCAAUCGAAUUUGAAGUGUUUGAUUUGCAGCAAGGUUCCUUCGCAGACUGGUGGGCUUCCGCAAUGGAAAAACGUGAACUGGGACAACUACCACGCCGACGGCAAGACGCACAGGGACAAUUUGCUUCACUCGUACAACAAGGGCGUGCAAUUCGAACGGCGAUGCCGCAACGAAUUCGGGCUUUACCUCAUCGGCCAAAGCUCGUGGGUGUGUCCCCAGACGGCACAAGACAACCCGGAGCUGCAACGAGUUUACCGUGGCGACCUGGAAGCACAGCAGACGAAUGCCUCGCAUGGACGCUGCAAAUCGGCGCCCAAGAGCGCGCCGAAGGGUACGGGAAGAGGCGCGGCAGGGCCCCUCUACAACAACAGAGCUCCUUCCUCUGCGUCGAGUUCUUUCUCGAUGUGGCAGAGCCCGUCAGCGUAUCCUCCAAGCUACGACGGGCCUACCGACCUGUCAGUAGGCAGCGGGUCAAGAGACUCAUCUCCAUUCGGGCCGGGCAACACCGAACUUGGGCAUUCUGCGAUUCCGAUAUUGCUGCUUCCGCCAAGCCCACCGCAGUGGGACGGGGAAAAUUGUCCAGCAGGAAGCUGGCAGCGCUUUUGUCGCCUUUUGACAAGUGGUGUUUUUGGGGCAGUGGCGGGCCGGAUGCAGGAAUUUGCGCAAGACCUCGCCAAAUUAGACGACACCCUACUUCGCGAUGCAUUUCUCGGCUCCGAAUCAGGCACGACAGGCACCCACGCGGUCAGUCUGGAGGAUAUCCAGAAUGGAAAGAAGUGGUAUCUCGAACGGUUGCAGGCCCAUCUUGCGGCCCAGGUGCCAGUAGCUCAGACUCAGACGAGCGCCGCUGGUGGACCACGUGCGGAUACAUCCCCGAGCUUGGAAAGAUCAUUUGGUUGGCCACGGGCAUCAAACGGUGCAAACGACAAGGGCAGCAGCGGACCUUCACCUCUGCCUGCCUCCACUGGGCCUGUUGCUGCUGCGUCGAGGUCGAAGACGGGUAGUCGUGCAACCGAUCCUCCUGUUGGAGGCAAUAAAGACCCCACUGCUGCAGCUUUACCGCGUUCACGCGGGAAAGGAAGCACGAAGCCGAGUAGCACCCCAGCCGCUCGUGCCUCCGGUGAUGUACAACAAGGCCAGCAACCUGCUACAGCUCACCGCAAGCGCAAUAAAAACCCUCGUCCUCCUGUGAGGACAGUCGAAGUUUCGCUUGCAUCACCGCCCGGGCCGUGGAAUCCGCCUGUUUCGACAUCCUGGCCGAGCGGAAGCGCUACGGCCAGCGACCACGAGCGGGACGAGGUGGAGGAGCCGGAUCCGCUGAGCGACCCGGCCUUCAUGCGUUUGAACAUGGAUCUGAGCAACAUCAUGAAGAAGCUGAGUAAAACGUCGGACAACCAGUUCCCUUCCGAGAUUCGUGAUUGGAUAAGAGACCACCCCAGCCACGGCGUUUUCGAGAAAUGGAAGAAUGUGCUCAAGCGGGAACGCACGUACGAUGACCUCUGCCAGACCGGGGACGAGUUCCAAAUCGCAACAAAGGACAUGGAAGGCUAUCUGAACUUCCUAGACCACGCACGCGAUAUUGAGCCUGCGCCCGAAGAAACGCUGCGGCUGAUGCGCGAGCGUUUGGAGCCUGCAGGCCUCAUUGACGUGUGCGGCGACACGUACAAAGACGCACUGCUUUACUUGCAGUUGCAAGACUUCCCUCAGCUUCGAGACAUCAUCCAGUUGAUCGCCAAAAAGUGGAGGCAACAGCCGCGGACGAAGCCGGCUGUCGAAGUGCCUGCUUGUGGCGCGGGAACAGCAAAAAGCAGUUGCUCGUCCAAUUCGCUUCUAAAGCUUUUUCCAGACCCGGCGAGCCGGAAACUUGCAACGACUUUUCGGGAUAACAUUGGGAGAAUAGAAAUGUUCAUUAAGCACAUUCACAGCUUGCCGCAUUUUGAACAAUUUGCUCUUGAGGUGAUUGGCGACGCGGAAGUGAAACGCACGUAUCGCGAGGCGGCGCUUAGCCCCGGCGGGAUACCAGCUGAGAUGCGGCGCGUUCAGAAUUUCAUCUGGAAUCGUGGCCGCUGCCCGACCUGCAACACGUGCUGUGAGCCAACGGGAACGCAAUGCACCACGCACGAUCAAUUUGGUGAGAACACAAGGCCCUCGUGGGCGAGCGAUUGGGUAGACGAGAGAUGCAUGGCGCAUUUUCUGUGGCCUUUGUUCCGUAAUAUGGUGGUGCACAUGACGUGUCUGGCACCGUUUCAGAUGUCGGAACCGCGGCAGUUCAGGCGCUUCUUUGACUUGAAAAAUGGUUUGGUUACAUGUCUGCAGAAGGAGUGUGGGCGAAUCCUUCGCGAGGGAAGGCAGGGACGCGUGCCUGCGAGUGUAGACGCUGCGGAAAGUGCUGAGAGCGGGCGUAUCGACGGAACGAAGAUGCUAUGGAUGGUUCUUUUAGACAAGUACCCGUUUGUGGCCGAGCACGUGAACAUGGUGCGCGGUGCCUGGAAAGUCCUCGACAUACCCGCGUCCGGCGAGAACCAUUAUCAUGGGCGAUCGGAGUUGCACAUCGCCGCGUGGGAGGGAAGCCAGGAGCAAGUGCGACGCGUUUUGCAAAAAUAUAGACAAGGCGCGGAAGAACAGAAGAUACCUCUUGGCAUUUUUGUGGAGUACACGAACAGCUUCCGUAUGACGGCGUUACAGGAGACGAGGAAAGCCGCCGAGUGGAAAAGAUUCACGGAUCGAGACGAAGCAGGCGCCGAAAACUUGGACGCCAUUUGCAAAAUCAUCGAGGCUGCAAUUGAGGAGGACGAAUGAGCAGCUUUGCUUGGACACUCAUCGGCCGGCGUCACUGAUUUCUACUUUUGGGGCCACGAAAACAUGGCCACAGACACAUACGGAAGAGAAGGCAUGGUGGCUCCACCAGCACCACACAAGGUGAAAUUGAAAGACGAGCAACGCAUGCCACGACGCGUGAAAAAGCCCACGACUGGACCAAAAGGAAAAUGAUCACUAUUCAAGAACCAAAGCCAAGCAACAUUUCAAGUUUUCUCGUAUCCCCAUGAUUUCAGAAAAAGAGCUUGAGUUUCCAGAUCAUCUUUCGGAAAAAGGUCAUGCUGUUGUUCUUUCA